AUGGCAACCUGCAAUGCACCCCCCUCGCAGCCGGGGAUGCAAACCACCACAGCCGCGAAGAAGACCGGCAAAGCCAGGAAGGACCUCACACGAGACUCCAUUCGCAAUAUCGACCCUUUCCAGAUCAGCCAGGAUUACUUCCACAGGCUCGAUGUCGUCAAGUUCCCUCGAGAUGCAAUUGAUAUUGCUUACGAGGAUGCGAAGAAAGAGAUCAUGGAUCUCUUACCCGAAGCGCCGGAUAAGCUUUACACUUUCAUCACCGUGAAGCUCGAGGCCGACGCUAAAGUCCGGUUGAGAGUUACGGUUGACUCGAUCGCAAUGCCGAUGGGCCCCGGAUGGAGAAGUGGACGUAGCCAAUGA